AGGUAACACCAGAGUGGAGGGGGGGGGAUAAUCUGACAGUUGAAGAGGAGGAGAGCGGAACCAUCAGUCUCCCAUACGAUGCCGCCUAAGAAAGGAGUCAAGAAGGGAGCAAAGGCUGCUGGGAAGGAAGCCCCGGCGGAGGCAGGAGAGGCCGGCAGGGAGGCCCCGGGGGAGAGGCCUGUGAGUGAGAGGGAGGCCCGGAUGGAGGCAGAACACGCCCUGCUGACCGCGGAGCAGGAAGGCCUGAGGAAGAGGAUGGAGCAGCUGAGGAAGGAGAAUGAGUUCCUACAGGAGGAGGCCGAGAGGCUGCGCAUAGAGAGCCAUGAGUAUCUCUCCUACAUGGGCAAGCGGAGCCAGCGCCAACACCACGCCAUCGUCACCCUCAGUGACCAGCACCACCGGGACCUGCAGGACAUCGCCGGGCACAAGAGGGCGCUGGAGGCCCAGUUGGAGGCCGAGGAGGAGAAGCUGAGGGAGAAGCUGCUCCAGAGGGAGGCACAACUGGCCAAAGUGAUGGAGGAGCUGGAGGGGUUGGAGCCCAUGAAGGAGCUGAGGAGGCAGCAGCUGGUACUGAUCCGGGAGCUGGAGGAGGAGGUGAUGGGCACCCGUGGGAGGCACGCCCAGGCCAUGCUGAGGGUGAAGAGUGCCUUCCUGCGGGACAAGGCCCAGUGCCAGAAGGACUCAGAGCGGCAACUGGACCAGUUGUCCCAAGAGGCCCACAAGGAGGCUAAAAAGGCCAUUGUGGAGAUGAGCAGCAGAGUCAGAGGGGAGAACCAGCAGCUCAGGCAGGAGCUCCUCCUCCUCAUCCGUAGUGCCCGCCUCCUGCAGGCCCACAAGCACAAGCUGGAGGAACAGAACCGCCAACUGGUACGGGAGCAGCAGUGCAGGAGAGAACUGGUUAAUGCCCACCGCCGGCUGGGGAACAUCUCCCUGCCCUGUGACCCCGUGGGGUGACAAUCAACAGCAUUGUGCCCAGCUUACCCUAAACUUGCCCCCCAGUAUCCUGGCACCGAGCCCUGGCACUGACCUGCUGUCUGCCCAAAAUGAGCUCAUUAAAGUAUCCAUAUCAAUA